AUGGCCUCUCUGUCACGCACGUGUAUUUUAUGUAGCGACUGUCAUCCUGAAACAUUCAUAGGAGUAACUACAUACAUAAAGGAGCACGUCUUGAUUACUUGCAAAAGUGUUGUAAAGGAUUAUAAUGUUCUUGAUCGGAGACAAGAAAGAAGUUGGACAACAAAGAGUUGGAAUCCUUUCACUUCAGCUGCAGUUUAUGACCCGACAACAGAAAACAUUGUAGCAGUCUUCAACAAUACAAUAUUAUCUCGGUGGAAACAUGAUGAAGAUGAUGUUGAUAAAGUCAAACGACUUAUUUUUGAAACCCCAAUUCAUAAGUUGAUGGUCAGUGGAGAUAGUGUGUAUGUUGUCUUCACAACUGGACAAGUAGAAGAUCUUGCCACGGCUAUAAAAUCACGUAAAAAACUCAAACCCGGGCUGCUGUCUGAUGGAGAGUCGAUCAGCUACAUUCAGAUCAUUGAGGCUACCAAGCUAGUGGUUGUGGUGGUGAAGAAGGAGGGCAGCCCUCUUAGAUUACUGCGAUUGCCGCUGGCUGAACUUGUCUCUAGUACCACCAGUAGUUUCACCUUAGCUCUAAAUAAUGCUCAACUCACAGGAAUCUGUGCACUAUCAUCUUCAGAGCUAAUUACACUUUGGUCUUCAGGAGAGCUAUAUAGCUUUGAUCUUCAGAAGGACUACCUUGAGAAACUUCCUGGACGGCAGCAUGGAGUGGAAAAGUCGAUAGUAACAUCCAAAAGCUCAAAAAUUUUGGAGCUGUCGCCAAACCAUAUUUCUAUUAUUGGCUUAGAUAAGGGGGAUGAAGGUGGAUUGCUAGUUCUUUGGGAUAUUAAGUUUGCUAUGGUGACCAGCAGUCGUAAGCUCAAGAUGUACCACAAUCCACCCCUAGCCUGGGUAUCAACUGAGGGAGUCAUAGUCCUUGAUGGUGGGUCGCUGGCUCUUAUCCCAUAUAUUGUUCAAGAAUCUAACCUGGCAACAAUAUUUGGUACCAAGGUAUCAGAAACACAAGGAAUUUCCUCAGAAGAUUGUCAUAGCUGGUUAAAGAAAGCUGUUGGAUCUUGUCCAGAGCCAGUACCUGCAGAAGCAACACAAACUAUAUUCUCUAAUAAAAGCAGGGCACUAGGCAAUUUAAUUCAGAGUCUGAACAGAGGAGCUUUAUCUGAGAGUUUACUUGUGACAGAUGUGAUGACACAUUUAAUACAAAAGAAGGAUAUACUACUCCUGGAUGAAGCAGUAACUUCAUUCAGCAAUGUCCCUGAGACUUGUCUUAUUGAUGUUCUCAGCCUCUACUUACAAUGUAAAGAUACGGAAUUUGAGGGCCUAUGUCAGUGUCCUAUCCUGCAGAUGGAGUUUGAACCCUACGAGGAAGAUGCAGAGAAAAUCUUGUGUCCUUUUAACUCCAGCAAGGCACAUUUCAUAAAUGGAGUUUUGCAGAAGCCAUUUACAGACACGCAAUUACUCAUAGAUCUACCAAGACUGUCUUUCAGCCAUGCCCUCUCUCUCAUACAGUAUCUGCAUUACUUGAUUACAACUGGUGAAGCAGAAGAGAUCCCAGACAACCAAGUAAGAGUACCCUCACUGUGUCAAGCCAGCUUGUGGCUCAGCAUGCUACUUGAUGCUAAUUAUCAUCAGCUGGUCAUGACAUCUGAGGUCAGCAUUCACCGUCACCUCCUCUCCUGCUUCACUCACAUUACAAACUUACGCAAGUUCCUGGAAGGAUUGGAGGACAUAGAGCCUUUGAUUAAUCGGAUUUUGGAAGCCAAGAGUUUCUCCAAACGAACACACAGCUCAGCCCUUUAUUCACUUGAACGUCUAAUUAUCAGUUAAUCCAUAAUUUUUAAUACACAUUGUAACACAAAAUUUGAAGUCCAGUACGUAUAAAAAAACAUUACACUAGCCAUUUUCCACUAAAGUAGUGACCCAAAGAAAUAGUCACUGCCACUCAUUCUCUAGCUGUUUCCAAAAAUGUUUGGAUAUUACUGUUCCAGUGACUUGAAACCACACAGCAUCCCCACCCAUCCUUCAGAGUGCAGGUACUAAUGCAUCCCAUCUCCUGAUCUACUUCGUAAAAGUAACCUUGAAAAUUAAUAUCAGUGGUAGGUGUAGUUGUUUAUGAAAUUAGAAUUGAGAGCAAAUAGCAUGUAGUUUUUAAUAAAAAAAAUUAACAAAGGAAGUUUAGUUUGAUAUGCUGUUGAAGUGUUAGAAAGAUAAUAUCUACGAAGAAAUUCAGGGAAACUGGAUACCUGGACUGAAGUUUUAAAAGCUGUUAAGUACAGCGCCUGCACUGAAAAUGAUUGAGAAUCAUUACAGUUUCAAACAGCAUACAGUAAAAACCAUGGAUCCUGGUGAAAGGCUCUUGAUCCUAGGAAUUGGAUGUGGCUGGCACCAACAGCCUUGUUACUCAGGUUAGCAACCUGAAAGCCUGGUCUGGCACUGGGCUGCAAAGACAGUAACCCUUAAAACUGACUACAAGCAACUUGCAAGCAACUUGACUUAAAAUCAAACCUAUAAAUAAUAUGUUUGCAUAAAUAAAGUGGAUGAUACUGAUAUAUAAUUGUGAUUAAUUUAGAGUUUUUUCUACUGAGUCAAGUCUCCUUGGUGCUUCUGUCCCGCAAGCUUACACAGUUAUUACCCUAACAUCCCUGUGGGUUUAGGACUGCCUAUGAAUAUAAUAAUAAUUUGGCAUCCUCUGAAGAAGUUUAUCUAGUUGUUUUUUGACCAGUGGUAUUUUGGGUAGUUUUUAACUGUGUGGCUAACAAGAAUGUUACUAGUAGACUGACAGCUUGAAAUUUAUUACUGUCAGAUCUUACUAGUGUUAAGUAUAUAAUGUAUUUUAGUAAUGAUAUUUUAUGUAAAACUUGAAAAACAUUGAAAUACAAAUUAGUUAAUUUUGAA